AUGAGCACGAAGCGCCCCACCACGUCGACCUUUAUCCGAGCCCUGUACAACCUAACGAGGAAGGGGACCCCGUACGUCGACUGGUCGGUAGAUGGUUCGACGUUUCGCAUCCUUGACGUCAAGCGGUUUGCCUCGGAAGUCUUGCCCCGGUUUUUCAAGCACAACAACAUGGCGAGCUUUCAACGACAACUCAACUACUUUUCGUUCAAGAAGUGGACCAAGAAUAAUCGGACGAUGGGCGCCAUGUCGAGGAAGAGUACCAUCGCCGAGUUUCACCAUCCUUCCUUCACGCGCGACAUGGACGAAGCGUCAGGAAAUGACAUCGACUGGUUCGCCAACUUCGACUGGGAAGCGCACGACGACAUCAUCCCAACAGCAGGGGUACUGUAUCAGGAGCACAGUGUCGACAGCGCCGAGGCCGACAACACGUGCGACAUGGUCACGGUGUGA